AUGGCGUCUGAGAAUAGUACUGUUGAUACCGCUUAUACUAAAUUUUACACGCGGGAAGAAGUUGCUAAGCAUAACAAUAAUACAGAUUUAUGGUUUAUUAUUCAUAAUAAAGUUUAUAAUGUGACUGAAUUUACAACUCAUCCUGGAGGAGAAGAAGUACUUUUAGAACAAGGUGGUCAAGAUUGUACAGAAGUCUUUGAAGAUAUUGGACAUUCAAGUGAUGCAAGAGAAUUAAUGGAGAAAUUUAAAAUUGGAGAGUUAGUAGAAGAGGAAAGAACACAAGAAAAUAAUGAAUUUACUGAAGUAUCUGAAAUAAAUGGUUCUAGGUAUAAAAUUUUAUAUUUAAUUAUUAUAUUAUAUAUAUUAUUAUUAACCAUAGUAUUACAAGUAUAUAAUUUUGCUACUAACAUCUUUUCUGCAUUGGUGUUGGCAUAUCUAUCACUAUUUAAUAAUUUAUAUUCAUUGAAUAGCACAUUUGAAAAUUUAGAUUUGUUACAAAUCAUUAAUUUAUCAUUUUUAUAACAAUAUAUUUAUAUAUUUUUUUCUUAUAUAUUUUUUUUCUUUAUAUAUUUUCUUAUAUAUAUAUAUUUAUAUUAAUAAUUAUCUUAUAUAUUUCCUUAUAUAUCAUUAUAAAAAUAUGCUAUUCAAAAUUUAUAAUGUUAUUAAAAUUCAAAAUAUAUGAUAUGUAAAUAGUCAAUGCUGCAUCGUGACAUAAUAAUUGGCAGUUGCAGUGGUGCUUGGAGAUCAUGGCUGAUUCCUAUUGCUCUUGGGGUUCUGGCGACUCUUGUCUACCGUUACUUUAUUAAAGUACAUUGAAGCAUUCCAAAUAUUUAUUUUCUUUUUUUGUAACUUGUAUUAUAUAUACAAACAUUUAUUAUAAAUAAUUAAUCAAAAAAUAUUACAUAUAUUGCACAAUGAUAA